ACACUUGUUUUUUAUGAUCGCAAGAAGAUGAUGGCACGGUAAGCUCUUGUCCGUUGAAGUAGAGAUUUUAAAAGCAAGGUGACAGUUAUUCUUCCAUUCAUCGUUGAUUGUGAUUUUCAUGCCAAUAUAAAAGAUACUAUAGUACUCACUGAUACUACAGUCAGAGAUUAAAUUAUAAGGUAUGACUUCCACGGUGGUAUGCACAACAAAUGGUAUAGAAAAUGAUGAGCAACGAUUAUGCAUUGAAGAGCCGAUCCAGAAUGGAAACAAAAACCACAAUAUGUACACAGUUGGUGAAGACUUAAAUGACGGUGAUCUCAAAGAUGAGCUCUGUGACCCAGAUAACCCAAUCUCUGUGAAGUUCCAGGAUGUGAGUGCUGCUGCUUAUAAGAUCAAAAGUGGAAUCCAAAGAACACCUUGUCAGAAAUCACACAUGUCAGCGCUGACGGGGAUGGAAGUAUAUUUCAAGAAAGAAUUUUUACAGUUUACAGGAAGUUUUAAGGAAAGAGGAGCAAGGAACACAUUGUUAAUGCUUAAUAAGGCUCAGAAGAAGAAGGGGGUGAUAGCAGCAUCAGCCGGAAACCAUGCACUAGCUCUGUCAUACCAUGGCAAGGAUCUAGGUAUCCCAGUGACGGUUGUCAUGCCAAUUGUGGCACCGAUCAUGAAGGUUAGCUUGUGUAGGCAACAGCAAGCUAAUGUGGUUAUACAUGGGGCAGAUAUUGGUGAGUCCAAGAACCUUGCCAUGAAAAUUGCAAAGAAGGAAGGGUUGGCAUAUAUUAAUGGGUAUGACAACCCUCACAUCAUCGCAGGUCAGGGAACAAUGGGUCUUGAAAUUGUUGAACAAAUUGCUGAUAUUGAUGCAGUAGUAAUUCCAAUAGGAGGAGGAGGUUUAAUUGCUGGAACAGCCCUAGCCAUUAAGAGUUUAUCACCAAAAACACUUGUAAUUGGUGUGGAGUCUGAAAAAUGUGCAAGUUUCAAGGCAUCUUUAGAAGCAGGUACACCUGUGUAUACUAAAGCUGGACCAACGCUGGCUGAUGGUCUGGCUGUCCCACUUGUUGGUGUAAAUGCUUUUGAAACGGCUAAGGAUUUAAUUGAUAAGGUUGUAACUGUAAGUGAGGACUUUAUUGCACUGUCAAUUUUGAGGUUGGUUGAACUUGAAAAGGCUGUUGUAGAGGGCGCUGGUGCUACUGCAUUGGCAGCAUUGCUUGGCAACAGGCUUCCAGAACUCAAAGGCAAAAGGGUUGUGAUUCCAUUGUGUGGUGGCAACAUCGAUACAACAGUUCUCGGACGAUGUCUGGAAAGGGGUCUUGCAGCUGAUGGUAGGUUGUGCAAGUUUGUGGUUACUGUAAGUGACAGACCUGGUGGUAUAGCUGAACUCACUAAACUCAUUGCUGAUCUUGGUGUAAGUAUCAAGGAUAUACAUCAUGAAAGAGCAUGGUUGAAGAAUGCAAUCUUUAAUGUCCAGGUUAUGUGCGUAGUAGAGACACGAGAUCAAGAGCACGCCCUCAAGCUCCAACAACUUCUGCAGGACAACUAUUCAGGUGUAAUAUGGGGACCGCACACUGUCUGAACAAAGCAAUUUACUAAACAUGGCUACAAUGAAAACAAUUUGUGCAAUCUCUUUUGGGGGCAGCAUUUUGUGAGAUAACAAUGUUUAAAUGAACAGAAUUUUUUCUAUUCACAAUGAAGAAUUAAAGUUGCUGGCUGAGGUGGAUAAAAAUGUUUUUAGUGAAAUUAAUGAUUCUUCAGUGCACACAUCUGCUCGGAGACUCAACAAACUGCAUCAGUUUUUGCACUUUAUAUUGCAACAUAUUGAAUAAAAUAUAGGCUACAAUGUUUAUUAUAUUGAUUUAGAUUCUAGCAGGUUUUGAUUUAAACUACUAGCAGGUUGUAAUUUAAAAGAUAGUUUUGUUUAUAAUUUGCAAAGCUGAUGUUGAUUUAGGUGGUUGUCGUUAGUAACUAAUGUAAUUUUAAAAUUAAAAAAAAAUGUAUCUUGGAGAUUUUUAUAAGAAUGUUUAAACUUCUACAAAAUAUUUAAGUUUUGCUAACUCUAUUAUGAAUAUUUAUUAGAAAAAUGUGAAGUGGUCUCCUGAUUGAAAGGCUGGAAGUCUGAUCUCUUGUUAGUAUUCUUGGCAAGGCAUUUUAUCUGUACAGUAUUGCUUCCCUCCAACUAGGAUUUAAAUUGGUACCUGGUAGUGCAGAACAGGGGUGGCGCCAAGAUUUGCCUGACAGGGGGUCCCAAUGUCCUGACGAGAGCAAAGUGGGCGUGGUCGGGCAUCGCUCAAAAUAUUCUGAAAGUGAUAAAGGGGCGAAAACUUUGACAAUUUAGGGGUUUCAAAGGCUUAUUUAAUAAAUUUUUUAGAGUCUACUAAUAUAUAGAAUAUACCUAUAAUUUCUUUCUUCUGCCCGCCACCCCUGGUGCGGAAAGUUACACAUUGUGCAUUAUUGCCCGACUCCUUGCGUCUGUAUAAUUAUCUAUUU